UGUAAGCCAUUUUAUGGCCUCCAAUGGAAAAACCCUAAUCAGCUACCUCCCUGCUUCCCUCCCUCCAUCUGUAGACCCUGUCCAGCCGCCACCCGCCACCCGCCGACCAUCCCAGCCUCCUCCCGCCGACCGGCCGACGACCCCAGCCGCCUCCCGCCGACGGGACGAUCCCCCCCGCUUUCACUUUCGGGGUCGGGGCCGGGGGGCAGGAGUCGGGCCGCCGCAAGAGCCAGUGAGCAAUGGCGGGGGAGGACGGCAGAAGCGGCGCUUCGGAGGCCACCGGGGCGGAGGCAGCCUCCGCCUCAGAAACCCCCCGCGCCACCCGGUGUCUGCCGUUCGAGGACUGCGUCGCCGGCAUCACCUCUGCUCUCCAAGACCCGACGGUGCGGUUCCUGAGGGAGCGGAUGGAGAAGGCCGGUUGCCCAUUGCCGCCGCGGAUGUUCAAGGCGAUGAACUGCUCGUCUAACAAACUCGCCGGUUCCUACGGUAGUGGGCAUGGGAUAACAAUUUGUUGUGAUCGAAUGCGGUAUCAAGAUGAGAUAAAUCAGCUAUUGAUUCAUGAAUUAAUACAUGCCUAUGAUGAUUGCGUUGUCAAGAACAUGGAUUGGAAGAACUGUGCUCACCAUGCUUGCUCUGAGAUUCGAGCCAAUCACCUUAGUGGUGACUGUCAUUACAAACGUGAAUUGUUACGUGGCUUCAUGAAGAUGAGGGGACAUGAGCAAGAAUGUGUAAAAAGGCGGGCUCUGAUUUCUGUCAGGAACAACCCGUUCUGCUCAGAGACAGUUGCAAAAGAUGCAGUUGAAGCUGUGUGGGAGACAUGCUACAAUGAUACGCGCCCAUUUGAUAGGGCUCCAUGAAGUAUAUAAUUGGCAGCAUUACAAGAAGAAGCCAUGAACUAAGAUCGUGCGCCGCCCCUGUUGGGGAUAAUUCUGUUCACCUUCAGUGAAUUUGUAGUUAAGCAAACAGUGAUAAGUAAAGCCAGAAGGUUUUUUGUUUGCUAGAGCAAAGCUGUAUGGCUCGGUCACGACUUGAGUUCAUGAACAUUGUAAUGAGUUAGCUCAUCCGAUGAUUUCUGUUAUCUAUUGCA